GUCCUGUGCUUCACUAUGCUGGGGCUUGGCUGCACGGUGGAGAUCAGUCAGCUGGGCGAGCACAUUCGCAAGCCCAUAGGAGCCCUGCUGGCGCUGGUGUGCCAGUUUGUCAUCAUGCCUUUGAUAGCCUUCCUGUUGGCUCUGGCCUUCUCCCUGAACGAUGUGGCCGCUAUGGCUGUAUUGUUGUGCGGCUGCUGCCCUGGGGGCAACCUCUCCAACAUCAUGUCACUGUUGGUCAACGGAGACAUGAACCUCAGUAUCAUCAUGACCAUCUCAUCCACUCUCCUAGCACUCCUGCUUAUGCCGCUGUGUCUGUGGAUGUACAGCCGUGCUUGGAUCAACACGCCCGUGGUGAACCUGCUGCCCUUCGGCGCAAUCAUUCUCACCCUCUGCGGCACACUUAUUCCCAUCGGGCUCGGGGUCUGGCUUAGACACAGAUAUACUCGAGUGGCCGACAUCAUCCUUAAGGUGUCUUUGUGGUCUCUCCUGGUAACUCUGGUGAUGCUUUUCAUCAUGACUGGAACUAUGCUGGGACCGGAGCUGCUGGCCACCAUCCCUGCUUCAGUCUACCUGGUGGCUGUGCUCAUGCCCAUGUCUGGCUAUGCGGCGGGAUAUGGCCUGGCAACGCUCUUCGAUCUCCCUCCAAACAGCCGAAGGACAGUGUCUUUAGAGACCGGCUGCCAGAACGUGCAGCUCUGCACAGCCAUCCUGAAGCUGGCAUUUCCACCCCAGCUGAUGGGAGGCAUGUAUAUGUUUCCACUGCUCUACGCGCUCUUCCAGGCAGCCGAGGCUGGCAUCUUCAUUCUGGCUUACCGCAUGUACAGGAAGGAGGUAUUACAUAAACAGGACCUAAUGGAGGAGGAGGAUGAUGAUACAAACAUAGGCUACAAAAGAAUGAAGGAAGAAGAUGUACCGUUUGAUUCAACGUAUGGUGCAGUUACAGUGAGCGACCCAAAUGUCAUCAUGCUAGAAUCACAGGAUAUUGUUGGAAGCCCCACUCUUGUAUAAGGGGAAAAACAAUUGACUUGGUACUCACUAUUGACAAUUGACCAGUG